GGAGUGAGUUGCAACAAUGUAUCCAUCAAUUUGAUAGCGGGGCAAAGAUAUCGCUUGAAGGGAACGUGAAAGACAGUCUAAUAGAAAAGUUAGGUAUAGAUGUUCAUUGCGCGUGUGAUCACCAUCAGAUUAUUUUGUAGGCCUAUAGAUAGAUUUCAGCGCGGCGUUAACAUGGGGCAUGCGAAACAUGUGGUCGAAACAUUCAAGAACACAAAGUUGCCUUGUAUGGGAAAAUACGUAUUGCUGGAGUUUGUCGGAGGAAAUAUUUUUAGAGCAGCCAAUGUGGACACCGGAAAGGAACUGAUAUGCAAGGUGUUCAACAUCACUCGGUACUGGGAAUCACUCGCUGCAUAUUUUCGGGUACCAGUUAACACAAAUACAGAUCAAAUUGUAGACACAGUCUUUGGUGAUUCAAUGGCCUAUGUGUUCUUUGAACACUGUUAUGGAGAUCUUCACGCAUACGUACGGUCCAUGAAAAAAAUUCGAGAGGACGAAGCAGUCAAACUUUUCCAUCAGAUAGUUUCAGUUGUUGCACAUUGUCACGAUUAUGGGGUGGUUCUGAUGGACCUCAAGUUAAAACGACUCGUCUUCAAGGAUGAGGACAGACGUCACUUGAGACUGGACACUUUAGAGGAUGCCCAUGUAUCGGAGCAAGAAGGAGGUGACUGUCCGGCCCGUAAGCACGCCUGCCCCAUCUACACCAGCCCUGAGACCCUGCAAGAAGAGGAAGAAGAAGGGGUGAGGGUGUCUUCGGGCAAAACUGCAGACGUGUGGUGCUUGGGAGUCAUGCUCUACACCAUCCUGGUGGGACACUAUCCUUUCAACGAUAUGGAUCUCACCUCCCUCUUUCGGAAAAUCAAGCGGUGCAAAUUAAGUCUUCCAGACAUGCUGUCUCCCAAAGCCAAUUGCCUCCUCCACAGCAUCCUUCGAUCAGAUCCACUGGAACGGCUGACAGCCAGGGAGAUACUGGACCAUCCCUGGUUUUCCACAAGUGCUCUGACUGGAAACAUGCGAGGGGAUGCCUCUGAGGCACGGGAUCAAUUGGUGCCAAACAUACCCUGCUGACUGGAAAAGGGGGGGGUGAUUUGGAGAAAUGUUUGAGUGUACCAGGGCUCACUGUGUUGUGCUGUCUAGAAUCGUUUGACCUUAUUGGGCUGAGUUGGAAAAUUUCUUUCAAAGACAUUUCAGAAAAAUAGUGCCCUCAACUUUGCCAGCUAUAAACAUGAGAUUAUAGAAGUGUUUCCAACUGUAAACGUCAAGUCUUAGAGGCCUGAUUAACAAAACAGUUCUGUGCACUGUCAGCCUGUUUCUACUGACCUACAGCGGCCAGUAGAUGGCACUAUAAAUACAUGAAAA